AUGCUGCGCGUUCGCCAUUACAUUUUGGGCACCCCAGCGGUAGCCCUCCGUCAGCGGUUUGGUGCAUUGUUGUUUGGUCUUCGGCGACAGGCGACAUCCGCACCCAGUGGAGACUUUUCACAUGUCACACACAACACCGUGUGGGGCCUCUGGAAUGAAGGCAACCUUUUUUCCCUCUCUGUUCCUGAACUUGCGUUUUUCCUGCAGGAGCACUGCAAUGUGGCAAAUGUGGACCCACGUGCGAAGAAGAGCGCGUUGGUGCGACAGGUGGAGGAGAUCCUAUCCGCUGAGCAGGCGAACAUGACUGUGCAGCAAGAGGACAACCCUCACGCGGUGGUUGUGACGGACUAUGAUAAGGCGGAGGAGGGACUAGAUGAGGCCGAUGAAUACGGUGACUGGGGCGCCGAGCCGGGAUUUGAGGACAGGCGGGAAUUAGACUUUAUGGAGUUAAGUCCGGGCCGCAUGGGUGAACGGUAUGAGGCACUGACUCCUCGCGCCUAUCAACUUAUGCACAGCGAAAUCUCCAGCGAUGUGGGUAUUGCGUGCAUUGACCCCAGUAAACUUCCAGGUCAUAGCAAAGUGAAAAGUUGCCUGACACCUGUUGACGUGAAACCAAAUGAUGCAAACAAGAUGCAUUUUCGCAAUGCGUUUGAGUGGUGCCUAAUGAACAUUUGGAAUAUGAACAUGCCAGGAGAAUUAAACAUUGGUGCUGGAAAGGUGCUUUAUUACCGUCAGGUGGCAAAACAAAACCGCAAUGUCAUGCCGCUUUGGACGCUUCAAAAGCAUCUGUACGCGCAACAUCCAUAUGCGUGGUUUGCCAUUGCCAGUGAAUCCAAUGUAGCGGCCAUGGAAGGUCUUGCCGCCAAGCUCGGUAUGACACUUGUGCAGGAGCCUACAACGAGCUACAAAGUGAACAUUCGGCGUAUGAAUGAGUUUUUUGAUUGUGAGUUAAACGGACAGCUGAAGUGCACCAUGCUGAAUAAGCCGUGGGAUCGAUUUUUGGUCUCGCACUACGUUCGUAGCAAAAUGCCCGACCUGCGGUAUACUGUGCGAGCGCGGCACCCAAUCAAGAAGCGUGUGUCGGAUGCCUACUUGGAGGCGGAUAUCCUUCGCAGCACACGAGAAUCCGUCCAGUCGGUGCUCUCACCAGAGUUGGGUGAUGUCGUGUACUGCUGUGAGCGUGUCAUUCGAAAGUGGGCCAUGCGCACGGCGACAGGCGCCACUUUGCAGCUUGUUGAAACGAAGCGCACGCCCCUCAUCAUCACAAGGGCUGGCGACGAGGGCGAGCGGCUGGAGUACGAGUGGAUUGUUCCUUUACCGCAGCAGGCAGAACGUAUCGACGUGGCCUCCCUCACGGACGAGUUGUGGGAGUACGGCAACAAGCUUGCCGAAGCGCUGGAGGAGGGAAUGGAGGAGUUGAUGGCACACACCAUGUCAGCCGUCUCUGCCUACUGA